AUGACGUGGGGCUCCAGUUGGUUGGGCGAACAAAGGAUAAACCUCAGGCCUCAACCAUCGAUUGACAGAGGAAGCCAUUGGACGCUGCUGCAGGACGGAAGAAACGAGAGCGGACGGACGACAACGAAAGUAGCGGACGACUCGCAACUAGGGGCCCUGUUGCGAACAAACUUCCUGAGAGUGUGCUCAACAUAUUUCUCUCCUUCUGCAAAGUUCUCCAACACUCCUGCAGUUUUGACUGCUGUUGGCUUGCUGCUGACAGAGGCAACAAAGGAGAAACCUUCCAUUGGCACGGUAAUUACAGUAGGACCUAGUCCUCUGGAUGAACAGGGUAACGGAAAGCCACUGACUGUUUCACCGGGAAACACACCCUCGUUCUUCUCCCCUCACCCGAGCUCUCCUUCUCCGGCACCGGCGACCGAUCCGGUCAGCAUCUUGACGAUCGACAAUGGUGUGUUCGAGGUCCUCUCUACCAGCGAAGACACCCACUCGGGAGGAGAAGACUUCGACCACAGAGUGAUGGACUACUACAUCAGCAAGGACAACAAAGCUCUGGGAAAGCUCCAUUGGGAGUGCGAACGCGCCAAGCGAGCACUGAGCAGCCAGCACCAAGUCCGCGUCGAGAUCAAAUCCCUCUUUGAUGGCGUCGAUUUCUCGGAGCCAUUGACGAGGGCGAGAUUUGAAGAGCUGAACAUGGAUUUGUUCAAGAAGACGAUGGGUCCCGUGAAAAAAGGUCUAGAGGAUGGGUCUGAAAAGACGGAUAUUCACGAGAUUGUGCUUGUUGGAGGCAGUACUCGUAUUCCCAAGGUCCAGCAGCUUCUGAAGGAGAUGUUCGACGGGAAGGAACCCAACAAGGGUGUUAAUCCUAGUGAAGCUGUUGCUUAUGGCGCUGCCGUUUCUUCCAGCAUUUUGGUUCUGUUCGUUGUAGACAUUCUUUUGCUCGAUGUUGCGCCACUUAGUCUAAGGAUUGAAACGGUUGGUGGGGUGAUGACCAAAUUGAUCCCAAGGAACACGAUUAUCCCCACCAAGAAAUCUCAGGUUUUUACGACCUACGAAGACCAGCAAACGACUGUGUCGAUCAAGGUCUAUGAAGGUGAGAGGAGCCUAACCAAGGAUUGUCAUGAGCUUGGAAGAUUUGAUCUCUCGGGCAUUCCACCUGCUCCAAGGGGAGUUCCACAGCUUGAGGUUACGUUUGAGGUGGACACGAAUGGUAUUCUUCAUGUGAGGGCGGAGGACAAGGCGGCCAAGAAAUCAGAAUCAAUCACCAUAACAAAUGACAAAGGGCGUCUCAGCCAGGAGGAGAUAGCGAGGAUGGUGAAGGAAGCAGAGGAAUUCGCAGAGGAGGAUAGGAAGGUGAAGGAGAAGAUCGAUGCGAGGAACAAACUGGAGACGUACGUCUACAACAUGAAGAGCACCAUCAACGACAAGGACAAGCUCUCUGAUAAGAUCGAUUCCGAUGACAAGGAGAAGAUCGAGAGCACACUGAAGGAGGCGCUGGAGUGGUUGGACGAUAACCAGAGUGCGGAGAAGGACGAUUACGAAGAGAAGUUGAAGGAGGUAGAAGCAGUGUGUAAUCCGAUCAUAAAGCAAGUAUACGAGAAGAGUGGUGGAAGCUCUUCAAAGUCGCGAGAUGAAGAUGAAUCCAACGACGAGUUGUAGAUACAGAAACAGAGUAGACAGUCUUUCACUUACCGUAUCUCAUGAUUUCAUCCUCUUCAUUUUUUUGUUUUUUUUUUUUUUGUUCUGGUUCUUGUAAAGUAGAAAACCUGGAAACCAGAAAAUGGAAAUUUCGGAAUACUUUAAAAUCUUA